AGCAUCAGGACACACAGACAGAUCGUCGGCGGAUCACGGAGCCCCCGCCGCCCCCCGAGCCUCUGCAGCCGGACACAGAAGCAGCCGAGCCGGCCGCAGACCGAGCCAUGGCCGCCGAAGACCCCCGCUCCACGGCCUGCACCGGCUCCAGCCUCCUGCAGCCCGUUAGCGAGAUCACCGAGCUGCCGCUGGACCAGGUAAAUUUUGUGGUUUGUCAGCUCUGCGCUCUGCUGUCAGCCUUCUGGUUUCGACUCUUUCUCCAUCCUAGUAAAACCAGUCCGUUCAUCAGACACGUGGUGGCUACCGUACUGGGACUCUACUUCGCUCUCUUCUGCUUUGGCUGGUAUGCCCUUCACUUCUUGGUUCAGAGUGGACUCACCUAUGGUAUCAUGAUCCUGACUGGAGUCCAACACAUGCACAAGUACUGCCUCCUGGUGGCUCUCAGCUAUCUGAGUCUGUGUCAGAUCACUCGGGUGUACGUCUUUGACUACGGCAUGUACUCUGCUGACUUCACGGGCCCCAUGAUGGUGAUAACACAGAAGAUCACAAGCAUCGCCUUUGAAAUCCAUGAUGGAAUGGCAAGAAAAGAGGAUCAGCUGACUCCAGGGCAGAAGAUUUUAGCAAUAAGGAGGAUGCCUAGUCUGCUGGAGUACUUCAGCUACAACUGUAACUUCAUGGGGAUCCUGGCCGGACCCACCUGCUCCUACAACGACUACAUCGCCUUCAUCGAGGGAGAGCCUCGCCGCCACAGAGAGCAGGAGGCUGACAGGAAGUCCUACGGCAAGCUGAGACAGAGCGAGCCCUCGCCAAACACUGAGGUAGUCCGAAAGGUGGCCACCUCCUUCUUCUGCCUGCUGGUCUUUCUGUCCGUGUGUAAAGUUUUCCCCGUUGAACGAAACAUCGACGACGAUUUCAUCGCCAACACGCCGUUCUAUGCUCAGGUGGUCUACCUGUACCUGUCCAUGCUGACCACCAGACCAAAGUACUACUUUGUCUGGACGCUCGCGGAUGCGAUCAACAACGCCGCUGGUUUCGGCUUUAAUGGCUACGACGCGGACGGCUCCCCCCGCUGGGACCUCAUCUCCAACCUGAGGAUCAUCAACAUCGAGUUAGCCACCAGCUUCAAAGUUUUCCUCGAUAACUGGAACAUUCAGACGGCUCACUGGCUGAAAAGGGUGUGUUACGAGCGCUGUCCCUACCACCCAACAGCAGCCACCUUCAUCCUGUCGGCCAUGUGGCAUGGAGCGUAUCCAGGCUACUACCUCACCUUCCUCACCGGCAUCGUCAUCACGCUGGCUGCCAGAGCGGUUCGACACAACGUUCGUCCAUACUUCCUGCAGUCAUCCACCCAUAAAUUGGUUUAUGAUGUCAUCACGUGGGCCGCCACCCAGAUCGCCAUCUGCUACACGGUGGUGCCUUUCGUCCUGCUGUCUGUGGGUCCAUCGCUCAAGUUUUACAGGUCCUGGUACUUCAGCCUCCAUAUUGGCUGCAUCCUGCUCGCCGUGGCGUUACCCGUCAAACCGAGACAUCUCCGCCUCAAAGAGCAGCAGAAGAACCUUCUCCAGGUGCCAGACGAAGUCCAGGGCCACUCAGAGGCAACAGACAGCAACUACAGCCGCAAGGAGAAAACCACAUGAGAUCGGCAGCGUUUCUAUUUCUGUGAACUUGUAUAAAAAGAUGAGGAGGUGGAAUAAAACUGUUCAAAUCUUCCUCUGGUCUGGGCACAGGCUCCCUGAUGGGCGUGGAGGACACAAACGGUCCUGAUUUCUAAGGCCUGUCAUGAAACGUUUCACAACCAAACUGUUUACGAAGAUGUACAACUGCCAGGACCCCGUUUGGACUCAGCACAGCCAACAGGCGGGAACUUUUUAUGACAAGGUGGCAGACUGAGAGGAAUGCGUGUUGAUGGAGGUUAUAUAAAUACAUUUUUCUGUCACUUCCUGUGGAGAAACUGUGGAAAGAACUAUUCAGACUGCCUGAACUGCCAUGGCCAUCUUUGUAGAAAUGAACUGAUCCAGUUUCAUGUUCUGCUGAAUGAAUCAUUGAAGGGAAGACAAGAAAGUAGGGUUGUCAAAGUACCUGAUACUUUGCUAUGCUUUGAUACCACGUCUUUUACAUUUUACAACCUGUCUUUUCAAUACAGACAGUAUUAAAAAGUACCAAAUCCCUGACAUCCAUUUACACUGCCUCUAAAAAGUGUUCACUACCUUCAAUUUUUCACCCUUUCAUUGGUUUUAUGAAUCAUUGCUAUGAAUCACCUUCUGGUUGCUGACCAAUCAGCAACCAGAAGGUCAGCUUUAAAUGGCUAGUGGUUCAUCCAAAAUGAAAGUCCAUUAUUGCUAAAUCCACCUAACCUUGGACUCUUUUUGCUGUGGUAUGAAAAAAUACAAGCAUUGCUUGAUUUUUACUAUCAAAGUUUAAAAUCAGAUAUGAUGACAACCCUACUAGACAGGAGGCAAAGGGAACAGAGCAUAUAAUAAGAGCCUGAUAUCAGGUUGAGAAACUGGUUAACCUCCUGAGACCUGAGCUUUUGUUUGGAAUUCAUUUUCAGAGUCUCCCACUGAUUUGGGAUUAGGAGGAUCUGAAAAGUUUAAUAGCUCAGCUUUAUCUUUAAAUGGAAAUAAAUUAUCACCAAAAAAUUGAUUUUUACAAAUCUUCCGACAGUCCUGUUUCUGCAGGGAAUAAACAACUGGAUUGAAGUUCUGAAUUCCUUGGAAAUUUUCCUUUCCAAAACCUCAAAAAUUCCUGAACAUUUCAAAGAGAUUACCACAAAUUUCUGUGGAAAAUCUUAGAUAUUCUUAAAGUUUCCUCGAAAAAGUACCGCAAAAUUUUGGUAAAUAUUCCCAAAUAUUAAAAAAUUAUCAAAAAUUCCAUGUGGACUUGUGAAAAAUUUGGAGCAAAUUUCCCACAAUUUUAUAAAAAUGAAAAAAAAAUCAAGUUCCAAAGAAAAUAAAAAUAAAUUGCCAAAAUUUUUAUGAAGAUAUUCCAAAUUUAUACGCAAAUUACCCCAGAAAUUAAAAAUAUUAAAAAUAAAUUCCCUCCAGAUACAAACAAAUUUCCAAAAUUUUCAUGAAAAAAAAAAAAACAAAUCCAAAGUUUUCACAAAAUUCUUGAAAAUUACCAAUCAAACUGUCCGAAAACCCCAAACAAAUUCCCUGAAAUUUUCUAGAAAAGUCCUAACAAUUAUAAAAGAAAUUCUCCCAACAUUUUAAGAAUAGUACCUAAACUUCAGUGAACAUUCUGGACAAUUAUUUCUGAAGUUUUAAAUAUCAGAAAUUCUUAGAUGUUAUAGGAAAACCAUAGGACGUACAUGCAGGGUCUUAGGAGGUUAAAUGACUAAAUGAAUGAACAAAGAAGCAGAUUGCUCACCUCCACAUUCCUCGAACAGUCUGACCUCCCAGACUGUCUUGUUGUGUUAUAAUGGAUUAAACCACAUCUUCACAGUAUUUUUUAAAAAGUGCCAAUGACUAGUCCACUCAGACGCCUUAUUUCUUUUAGUUUCUACAUGAAAAAGGAGGAAGCUUCUUCGUAGAGUCAGUAUGAACUCUUGUUACUGAGGAGAACAUCGUGUUUACAUUUGUACAUGUCACUUUUUGUCCACGUUAUUUAUGUCAUUGAUGUGACUCCUUAAAGAUUGAGGUUUGAUGAAAGAUGUGAAGAGAUCUGGUUCAAAGAAGAGGAAAAUGAUUUGCAAAC